AUGUUCAAUUUUGUAUAUUUCUCAUUUACUCUGGCUUCGGGAGUAGGCAAUGCUGAUCUUGGAAUGCUUCCACACGGCCGGCCCACAGUGAGUCUAUUCCUCAGCCCCGAAGAUCUCUCUAGCGCCCUAGGAGGCAGGCUAGAUUUAGUCGACGCAGUUGCUAGGCGAAAGGCGCGAGUAACCGGUGACCUCGUGGCACUGGCCAAGCUGAAGCACUUGAUCCAAUUGCAGCCUGCCAGCAAUACUGGAAGCAGUACUUCAGCAUCUAACCCCACGUCUCUUGAGCUCCGGUCGUUGCGCGGUUUGUGA